AUGCGCCUCUUAGAGCGCAAACCCAACGGCGAUCUGGCCUUUAGGGAAUCCACAAGAACGGACAUCCCAGCUUACGCUAUCCUCUCCCAUACCUGGUCAAGAGACAGUAACGACGAGAUUAGCUUUCACGACGUGGAGGCGGGCACCGGGGAGGGGAAAGCUGGGUGGAAAAAGAUCGAAUUUUGCGCGGACAAGGCUUCGGCCGAUGGCCUUCGAUAUUUCUGGAUCGACACCUGCUGCAUCGAUAAGAGGAAUAACAAGGAGCUCACCAAGGCUAUCAACUCCAUGUUUCGCUGGUAUCAGAAGGCCACUCGAUGUUAUGCCUACCUGACAGAUGUAUCGCUACAUGAUGGCCAAGACGCCCCUCAGCUAGGCACCAUUCCGUGGGAGGCGACCUUCAAGAAAAGUCGAUGGUUCACGCGAGGUUGGACGCUUCAGGAGCUCCUUGCGCCGACACAGGUGGACUUCUUCAGUUUGGAAGGCGAACGAUUGGGGAGCAAGCUGACGCUACAGGACCUCAUCCACGACAUUACCGGCAUCCCUCAUGCCGCUUUAAAAGGGGCGCCUUUGGAGACCUUCAGCCGUGGCGAGCGGAUGUCCUGGACAUCGGGUCGACACACUAAGGAGGAAGAAGAUCAGGCCUAUUGCUUGCUGGGUAUUUUCGACGUUUCUAUGCCACUGGUCUAUGGAGAAGGCCAGGAGAAGGCCCAUAAGCGACUCCAGGACGAGAUUGACAAAAUCUACCGUGGGCAUGAUUCUGAUCAGUUCGUCGUCGGGUUCGAUCGCUUGGCCAUUCCUGAAGCAGCACAAUUCGUGGCUAGGGAGAACGAGCUUGCCGAGAUGCGCCGUGUGUUGCACGGCCCCGACUUUCGAUCAACGAUCGUUCUCCACGGUCUGAGAGGGAUCGAAAAAACUCAACUGGCCAUCAAAUAUAUCACCCAGCAUAAGGAGAGAUACACAGCAAUCUUCUGGUUAAAUGCUAAUGACGAGGGUUCCCUCAAGUUAAGUUUUCGAAACGUCGCCCAACGUAUCCUCGAAGAUCAGGGAGCCAGCAUUUCCACUAGUGCACUCGCCAGCUUGGAUUUGGACGGAAAUCCUGAUCAAGUGGUCACGGCGGUCAACGCCUGGCUCAGCCUCAAGACAAAUACGCGGUGGCUGAUGAUCUAUGAUAAUUACGACAACCCUCGGACAGCUGAUAAUCUCGACCCCUCUGCAGUUAAUAUACGCCAAUUCCUCCCCCGAGCAGAUCAUGGUUCCAUCAUCAUCACCACGCGAUCGGCACAAGUUAACCAGGGUUAUCAACUCCAUGUUCAAAAGUUGCAGACAGUUAAGGAAGGCCUAGAGAUCCUAUCCAAUACGUCCAAACGGGGAAACAUCCAAAUUGACCGUGGCGCCAUAGCGCUAGUUGAAGAACUCGACGGUCUCCCUCUGGCUCUUUCUGCUGCAGGGGCUUACCUUCGGCACGUGACCACGAGUUUCUCGGAUUAUCUUCGGCUUUAUCAGGCGUCGUGGUUAAGGCUUCAGAUGACGACCCCACAACUCAGUUCUUAUGAGGAUCGAUCACUGUACACGACAUGGCAGAUCACGUUCGACCGGAUCGAACGCCAGAAUGCUGCUUCGGCCAAAUUGCUUCAGUGGUAG